CCUGCGAUGAUUAAGGACUGUGGAGUAAAAUGGGUGAUCCUGGGACACUCUGAGAGACGUCAUGUGUUUGGAGAGAGUGAUGAGCUGAUUGGCCAGAAGGUCGCUCAUGCUCUUGAGAAUGGUUUGAGUGUGAUCGCCUGCACUGGUGAGAAGCUGGAUGAGAGGGAGGCCGGGAUCACUGAGAAAGUUGUUUUUGCCCAGACCAAGGUCAUCGCAGAUAAUGUGAAAGACUGGAGUAAAGUGGUCCUCGCUUACGAGCCUGUCUGGGCCAUCGGCACUGGCAAAACAGCAUCGCCCCAACAGGCUCAGGAAGUGCAUGACAAGCUCAGGCAGUGGUUGAAGGCCAAUGUCUCAGAGGCUGAUGCAAACACUGUGAGGAUCAUCUAUGGAGGUUAUUUCUUGAACUGUCUUAAAAAAGAUACAACAGUUAAUAUGGAUAUAGAUGGGUAUUGA